CAGCUCGCCAAGAUGUUCUCUACGAAGCUGUACACACCUCUUUCCCAAGAGGCUGAGGACGGACUACAAAACUCCAAGACGGCUUACAGCUCUGCCGGCACCCCGGACUACUCGCCUGCCUCGACCCAACCAGUACAUAGGCUUGGAGAGGGUUAAUCGGAAGUUCCUCAAUGCCACGCCUCCGGACCCCAUCGUCACCUUCCCCCUAGUAUUGACGCAGGUCACUAGCAGUCAGCCGCAAUAUGUUUUUCCUGUGGACACACGCCGGCGGUUUAUCCCUGGAGAAGGGACAGUUUCAGUUGACGACAAGCCAUUCGUCGUGAACAACACGACCAACUCUAUCGCCCAAUUCCGCGUUCGAGACUGGGGCAUGGAGCUUUGUCAGAUUGUCAUCAACAUUCCGCCUCAAUCCGCUGAGAAUGCCACGGAGAAUAUUUCUGUGUCUAUGAGCGAGCCGGCCGCCACGUUGGACAUGUGGAGACUCGAGGCUGACGACUACGACUUCGUUGAUGUUCAGACACUAUCCUGGGACAGUCGACCCCACAGACGGACGUCGUCUCCCAUGGCAGCCCUGUCCUUGCAGAAAGGGACGAGGACUUCCACAGAGAAAUUUUCGUGUCGCUGCGACUCCAUCCAGACCUUUGAGCUGUCUUGUCGCCCGAGCGCCGAUCCUUGUUUCGCAGACUUUUGGCAGGACGGUGUGUCAACAUCUCUUGGGAUGUAUAUGAUACAGUACGCUACAGUCUAAACUCAUGUAUACCUCUACUACAAAAAUUCUCUUUACUCGCAGCAUUUUG